UAUAAACCUCUCCUCUAUCGAUUUUAAUGUCGUAGCGUCGCCGCGGCAGGAGCCAUGAACGCGUCAAAAAUAUUUAUUACGCCGGGAAUGCAUGGCAAUGCGCGCGUGCUGAAUUGGACGCUCGCGUUUUACAACGAAUCCACGAUUUUCCUUGGAAUUCACGAAUAUAGAUUGAUCUGAAACAGCUGACGGUGACUAAGGCGUGCGUGAAAGGAUUGUACGAUACUUUGUUGUUAUCACUCGUCAUUGAGACUCGAUGUUGCGCAUCACAUAAACCAUUGCCUCUACGGUGGUGUUCCUUCGUUGUGAGUAAGAGAGUAAGAAGAGAUUUGCACGAAUUCGUGCGAACGACGCAACGGAGAAAACAGUUGGAACUGUGACUCUUUAAAGCAUAAAUGGCACUACUAUUCACCAGCAUAUGGGACUCGACGAUGUUGCUAAACACCUUAACCCCAAAGUUCUACGUCGCUCUCACCGGCACCUCGUCCCUCAUUUCUGGCCUGAUUCUCAUCUUCGAAUGGUGGUACUUUAGGAAAUACGGUACUUCGUUUAUCGAGCAGGUAUCCUUGACCCAUAUCUCACCGUGGAUCGGCGGCGGUGACAACUCUAACGACAACGUCUCCAGCUUAAAUGGCUCUUCGAAUCAGCAGAACAUACCAGAGUGCAAAGUAUGGCGCAAUCCAAUCAAUCUGUUCAGAGGUGCUGAGUAUCAAAGAUUUUACUGGGCCACUAACAAGGAACCCUUGACAUAUUAUGACAUGAAUCUGUCAGCUCAGGAUCAUCAGACAUUCUUUACCUGUGAAGGUGACACAGGCAAAGUAGAAUAUGAAAUUAUGCAGACAGCUUGGAGAGAACGUAAUCCAGUAGUCAGGAUAAAAGCUGCACACAGUGCUCUUGAUCGUAAUCCUGACUGUGCACCGGCCUAUAUCCUUCUCGCGGAGGAGGAAGCCAUUACUAUCGUAGAAGCUGAAAAGAUUCUGAAACAAGCACUGAAAGUCGCUGAGAACAAUUACAGAAAGUCACAAAAUACUCAGCACCAAGGUUCUGUAGCUGAGGCGAUACACAGACGAGACACAAACGUGUUGAUUUAUAUCAAGAGACGAUUGGCAAUGUGCGCGCGGAAGCUUGGAAAACUGAAGGAGGCGGUGAAGAUGUUUCGCGACCUCACAAAAGAGAUACCUCCAAUCAUGAAUGUAUUGAACAUCCACGAGAACCUGAUAGAGACCCUGCUGGAAAUGCAGGCGUAUGCGGACGUACAAGCGGUGCUGGCCAAAUACGACGACAUCAGUUUACCGAAAUCAGCGACUAUCUGCUACACAGCGGCGUUGCUGAAGGCGAGACUGGUGGCGGACAAAUUUUCGCCCGACGUUGCCAGCAAACGAGGUCUGACUACUGCCGAGAUGUCAGCGGUGGAUGCGAUCCAUCGGGCGGUGGAGUUCAAUCCACAUGUACCCAAGUAUCUUCUGGAAAUGAAGCCGCUCAUCUUGCCGCCUGAGCAUGUACUGAAGCGCGGCGAUUCCGAAGCGAUUGCAUACGCGUUCUUUCAUCUGGCGCAUUGGAAACAGAUAGAGGGAGCUCUAAAUCUGCUCCAUUGUACAUGGGAAGGCACCUUCAGGAUGCUGCCUUAUCCGUUGGAACGUGGCCACCUGUUCUACCCGUAUCCAACGUGCACGGAAUGCGCUGACCGAGAACUACUGCCUUCGUUCCACGACGUCAGUGUGUAUCCGAAGAAAGAGCUUCCUUUCUUCAUUCUCUUUACCGCCGGCCUGUGCUCCUUCACGGCGCUGUUGGCCCUGCUCACUCAUCAGUAUCCAGACACAAUGGGCGUAGUCGCUCGCUCGAUGCUCGCCUGGUUCUCCCAUCCAUUCUACUACGUUCUGGACAAACUGGAAGCCAUUUUGCCCUCCAACUUACUGCAACAGCUCUCUAGAAUAUAAGACUGUUUUUGUGAUCUCCUUAACUUAUUAAUAGAAUUAAGUUGUACGUACUUUUGUAGAAUGGACAUGUUAUGUGCAAAGAUAUAUAAAGGAGCAUGCAGGAGCAUGCAGGAAUAUGUAGAAGCAUGCAGGAGCGUGCAGGAGUAUGUAGAAGCAUGCAGGAGCAUGCAAGAGCAUAAUAUAAGCGGGGCUUCAAAUAUCAUAAUAUAAGCAUCUUAAUCGACGGGAUGUUCAACAUUGCUUGCGCAUCCCCGAUUAAAAGUAUAUUCCGCCGAAUAAUACGAUGAUAAUCGAACAUUUCGCUGAUUCAACCGCUCAUAUAUUACGCAUCUGCCUUUUACGUCAUUUUCUGUACCACAGCUUCGUGUACGUAACAAUGCACAACAAUUUCGCUAUCAAACCUACUGUUAUACUCGGGAUAUGCUUAUUGCUUUCCCCUCUCUUUCUUCCCUGAUUCCUUUAGUGUACCUUAUAUAUAAAUAUAAGUAAAUGUGUGUAAGAGCUCCAUUUUGCAAAUCUCUUGUGACUAAUGCAAUAUCUUGUAGUAACGAUUGUUUACUUAGUAUUUUAACUCCACUGAUUAAACCUUGACUGAUGUAUCCAGAAAUAAUAAAAAGAGUUGAGAGAAAA